AGGUCGGCCAUUUUUUUUUUUAUCAAUGUUGUGCAUUUAUGCGAGAUAUAUACCUAGAUGCAGGAGAGGGAUCGGGUGCAGACCGUCAACACCAACGAUGCAGAUGAGCUGUUUCUAUUAAACGUAGCCUGCCUAAUGACUCAAAGAUUUAUACAAGUCUAUUAGUAGGCCCGUACAGUUUAAAUAUACAACGUCAGCAAUCUUUUGAAGAUAUUUGCAGGUUGUAGACCUAAGUACGGACAUACACUAGCUACAUCCGCCCUGCACAAUGUUUUAUGCACACUUUGUGCUGAGCAAGAAAGGCCCACUUGCCAGGAUAUGGCUGGCUGCUCACUGGGACAAGAAGUUAACCAAGGCACAUGUGUUUGAAACAAAUGUACCAUCAUGUGUUGAUAGCAUUAUUCAUCCAAAGGUUAAAAUGGCCCUCAGGACAUCAGGUCAUUUAUUGUUGGGGGUGGUGCGUAUACACAGCCGCAAAGCCAAAUAUCUCCUAGCAGACUGCAAUGAAGCCUUUGUCAAGAUUAAGAUGGCAUUCAGACCAGGAGUGGUUGAUCUUCCAGAAGAGAAUCGGGAGGCAGCUUUUACUGCUAUCACACUGCCAGAGGUCUUCCAUGACUUUGAUACAUCGGUUCCUGACCUCAAUGAUGCAGAAGUACAGAAACAGUUUACACUGAACCAGAGCCGAGUUGAGGAGAUAACUAUGAAGGAAGACCUGGGAUCCAUUACCCUGGCACAAGAUGAUGGCUUUGGAGAUCUUGGAUUUGAUGAGCGUGAAAUAAUGCGAGAUGCCCAGCAGCAAGAGGAGUCUAUGUAUAAGACCAGCCGAGAUGAAUCACACCUGCUAAGUGAUGUAGACAAGAGAAAAGAUGCGACACUAGACACAUCACUGGAAAAACCUAUGGAUCUUGGGCUAGAUGAGCCCAUGAAAGAUGAUGGCUUUGGAGGAGAAAUGGUCAUGGGAGAAGGAUUGCUUGGUGGUGGCUUUAUGGAAACGGGCGGAGGAUUAUUUGAUGAGCAACCAGAGAUCCAGGCAGGAGAGGUGUCUAUGGGACCAGAAGUUAGUACAGCAGAGAAACAAUCACCAGAACAAAUCCACAGAGACAAAGGUGCAGCUGAGAAUGAAACUCCACAAGCUGAGAUGGUUGAGACGCAUGCACCGGCAGACCAGACUACACUAGUACCCAAUGAAGAAGAAGCCUUUGCCCUAGAGCCCAUUGAUAUUACAGCUGGUGUGAAAGAAACAAGACAACGACGGAAACGUAAAUUAGUUGUUGAUGAGAUUAAAGAGCUUGCUGGUGAUCUGAUCAAGUCCCAACUCAAGGACACCUCGGACAUUGUAUCCACCUUGGAUUUAGCUCCACCCACCAAGAAGCUGAUGUUAUGGAAAGAGACGGGAGGAGCUGAGAAACUGUUCAACCUGCCUGGAAGACAGAGCAACUCAGAUCACAUCAUUAAGGUCUUUACUAAGAAUCUGACUCCAGACAUCCCUAAGGACUUGCGCAGUCAUCAUGAGCCAUUGGAUCUAGAGGAGCAGGAGCCCGAGAGAAUGAGAGAUGACCACAUGUCACAGAGUGUGAACGUACAGGAGCAUGAUACGACACUGGUAGAGGACCAGUCAAUUCGAGCCAGGCAAGAAUCCAGCUCAUCCAAAUUACCUGACAUGUCUCUCAUGUCAGUACGGAGAGCUUCAGUCUCCAGUGGUGAGGAUGACUACGAUGCAGGAGAUGAUCUGUUUGGUCCAGAGUAUGAUGAUGAUUAUGACAUUCCAUCAGUCAUGCCACAGUCUGUGGGUGCACAGCAAGAAGAUGAAGAGGAGGAGGAGGAAGAGAUUGAAGAACGUGAAGGAGAGAAUACUGAAGAACGAGAGGAGAGGAUACUAAACAAGAGAGCUCAUCAAAUGUUGACUAGCAUCCGUAAUCGUCUGGCAAAGGAAGACAUCCUCACCUUCACUGACAUGACCAGAAAACAAACUCGAAAGCAAGUUGCCUCCAAAUUCUACACUUUGCUCGUUUUGAAGAAGCAACAAGCCAUUGAGGUUCAACAGAUCAGCACUUUUGCUGAUAUUUCUAUUACGCCAGGACCUGCUUUUAACACAAUUUACUGAGGGACAGAAGUAUCUCAUUCAUCCAAACAGGUCAACUACUGCUUUAUUUAGCAUGCUCAUAUUGGGCAAAUAUGGUGGACUUUAAACAGGGAUUAUAUUGUUUGGGGUAUAUUAUGUACAAUGACCUUGCCUAUAUUUUGAGUCUAAACAAAACAAAAACAUAAGAUAAUUAAGGUCAGCUUGAUUUUACAUUUACUGCUGCAGAGAUUCUGCACCAAAGCAUGUUGGAUACGUGUACUUGAACAUGCACAUGUUUCUUUACAUCCUCUCCACAAUACAAAUCCUUGUAACUGCUUUUUAAGCAGCCACAAUUAGUAAUGCUUAUGUUACAAACCUCAGUGUUCAUUUACAAUGUAUAUCUGCUUAGUUGCAGUAUAACAACAUUCUUAAGAAAAACAUGUAAGUAACUGGCAACUAGUACCUGCUCAAUAUGUGUUCUUUUUUCAAAAUUCCCUAGCUAGAAUACAGGCUCAGGCUCAGUAUUGACCUUGGAAUUGAAAGUGUGUUUUGGCUUCAAAGUGUCAAGGGGUACAUGCAGAUUUCACCUUAAAUUGCCUCGCCUCUCUGCAUGUUAUUGUGCAUAACAUUUGAUAAGUAGUCCUUUGCAUGUAUUCAUUGUUUUAAUGUUAUUUGACCCAAAUUAUGUUGAAAGUUUGUGUUUGUUAUCUUAAAUAUCCCAACAUUUAAAGGAAGUAUUUUUUUAGAGAUGACUGCUGACUAAAUUAAAUGAAAGAAUUGUCAAAUUAGUUUUCUACUCAACAUUUCCAGGUCAAGCAGUGUUCUUGUGAGAUAAAAUGUUUCUGCUAAUAAUCAAGCAGCUUUGUGUUGAGGGACUUCUGUUGCUUGCCAUUAGUAAAAACUGUCUCAUGAGAUUGGAAUGGCCAUUUGAUUACUUCAUUGUUACUCUCAAGAUAGAUUUAUGUUUUCAUAACGUUAUACAGAUGCAGUACAAGUAAUUGACUCAUUGUGUCAAGGUACAUCAGAUUUAAGAGAACAUUGUACUGUCAAUUAAUUUGAUGUUUACUUGGCAUGGUGUGGGGACAUGACAUUAAGUCAGUCAGUCAAUUGAUAAAUUAUAUCAUAUCUUGGUUUCUGAAGAGACGUUAAUUUUGUAAUAAAGACACUGGUUUUGGUACCCAAUGCAGAGAAAAACAGCUUUAGGGACUGAAUGUAAAUUUGAUAUUCAACUUGCGUAGCUGAUCCCACAAGUAUCUUACUUUGGCCAAAGCAUUGGAGGAAAUGGUUUCAUUACUGCUAUGUACGUAAGAUGGCAAAUGAAUAAUGGUGCAUUGUAGUAUUGAUGUGACAAACAGGUAAUAAGCAAGACAGUGGACAGUACAUGGCUAAAUCUCUUACUGUUAUUCUUAAAAACCUGAUGCAACCAUGCUGUGUAUCAAUGACAUUACAGUAUCUAAGACAUGAACGAUAUAACAGUGGAAGUUAUCGGCAUUGAAUCUUGUAAAUAGUGUAUUUUAAUUAUUGAAUAGCCAGGAGCUUAUUAGAUUAGUGCCAUUAUUUUCACAGUUCAUUUUCAAACUUAAAUGUUUUGUAGUGCAUGUAUUUUUUUUCACGUGUAGUAUUUCUUUGUGUUAAUGUCAUUUCAACCUGUACAUACAGUACAUGAAUGUUAUUUCAAUGUGUUCACUGUAUUUAAAUAGUUUCAUAAUUGUUUCUAGUUAAGUCAUGCUUAAACAAAGUGGUCUUGCUUGAUUAAUCAAAAGCUCAUCAUUAAAUUUUGAAUAUAGAUAUAACACAAACUAAAAUAAAUGGUUUUUUUCCCGUGACUUCAAACGUUUGAUAUAUUUUUUUUGAGCAAAGAGGGCCACCAACAAGGGUUAACCAAUUGUAGACAUACCUUUCCCUAAUAGUCAUGUAGGGUUAUUGCCGCACGCAUCUUUCCUUGUCAGGCACUUGCAGCUUAGAAUGUUGACAAAGCAUAGCCUCACUAGAGGAUUGGUUUAAGAAGGCUAUUUUGUCAUGAACAUGUAGCUUUUCAGGACCAUAAGGAGUUAUCGCAAACUCUUGAAAUAGCAUACAUGUCUGAAAUGUUAACCAUUUGUGAUCCGAGUCAUUUAAAUUGCUUUUUCAUACACAGUGAUUUCUUACCAAACUUAAGAAAGACAAGGAGUGCGUUCGAUUACUUCCACCAGCUUACUCACGCCUGCUCCUCGCGUGAUGACAGACAUGCGCAGUGGAGCUAAAUAAACGAAUGGUUUCGGGUAAAGUUUCGUGCAAGAGCUGGAAAGUUGAACUUUGACCUGACACUGAGGCUGCAUCCGAAUCAACUGUCUAGAGCUAGGUCUAGGUCUGCGCCCAUUGAAAAUACGCGGGGACGGGCUGACGUAGCUGUAGCUCUGGAAGCACACGGCCUGAGGCGCCCGCCGGACGUCACGUUGGCAGCCAUGUUUCUUGCAUGGCCUUAUGGGAUACUUACCCAACUAACUGGCUCGGCAAGUCAGUCACUUGGGCCAGGCUCGAGUAAGCGCGAGAAGUCACGUGAGAGGUAAAUCGACCGCUGUCACACUUGCACGAGUAAGCGCGGGGGAAGUAAUCGAACGCACUCAACUCGAGCCCAGUAAAGCUGGUCCCAGAGCACACAGAGGUUUGUUCAAUUGAUUGAAAAUGGCUGUUCACUGGAAGUCUGUUCAUGCAUCUGGUCUACACAAUGGCCUGAUUUAGCUCAUUCAUUAAGCACAUAUAUAUUAGACUUUCUCAUGAAAUAAGAUACAAUGUACAUGUGUGUUUAUUUUGAGUAAUGGCAAAGACAUGGUCCAGAAUGAAAUCAUAUUCAAAUAUUGCUGGAAAAGUAUGGAUUUCUUUUUUAAUAAAUGUGCUAAGUAAAGUGGUUGUCUGCUGCAGUGUA